AUGCCUGUCAGCGAAGAAGUCGAAAAACAGUCCAGACUCAUACAGGAAAGCCAUAACUUACUAUGCCAUUCCUCUACAGAGAGUACUACGCGACAUGGUUUCAGGAAAACCAAUAUCAAACCCAAGGUAACAAAGGAUGGUACUCCACUAGAGUUUCUCUUUGUUGAUUGUAACUCCACCAAUCAGAGUUCUGUAGGCGAGGAAGCUUCUCAUGAUAAAAAGAAGAACAAAAAGAAGAAGAAGAAGAAGUCGACCAUGUCGAUGCUUGGAAAAUCUAAAAAGUCCAAGAAUACCCACGAUGCUGGGCCCGAUUCCUCCUGCUUCUCGUCGUCGUCGUCUACUCUCUCCGAACUUGCGACCAUCAAUGGGUCUCUACAGGAACUUCCUGAAACUGAGAAGGAGGAAGAAAAACCUCCAGGAAGGGUCACACGACUGUUCAGGAAUAGGUCGCUCAGGAAGCGACGCCAUGAAAUUGAUCCUCUUGUUCGCAGUUCACAGCCGUCAUCCUCAUCUAAGCGCUCCAUACUUCGCCAACUAUAUUCUCGUAAAUCAAGGCCCGAGAAGAUUGUUCGUCCCUCCCUUGCCGUGAGAACUUCUUUGGAGGAGAACGAUUCUUCUCCUACUACAUCCGAGACCACUCCUACGCAGAGUUCCUCCACUGCGUCAUCUACCAUGUUCUCUGUUCGCACUCCCAAUCCCUCUAUCUCGAGUAAUGUGCUUACGCCUAUAACCCCAAUAGUUUCUACGACAUCAUCUUUAGCAUCUAUGGGGUCUGCAGCGAACUACAAGCAGCAGCAGCAGCAGCAGCAACAGCAACAGCAAAUGGUUUUCGCCAACUCUCCGCUGACCCACACACCAAGCCAACAGCAUCAGGACGAAGAUGACUAUUCACUUUUAGAGGUGUGCUCUGUCAACACUUCAAACACCAAGAAGAUCAAGGCCUUCCGCAGAUCUAACUCGAUAGUGUCGAUGGCCUCGACUUGCUCGAUAUCGCAAUUUCCUCCGACUAGUCCAGCAGUCACUUCUACGGCCGUCAACAAUGCUGUUAGACCAAGAGGACGUGUUCAGAGUUGCUCUUCCGCACAUUCAUUUGGUGGAGCCGUCACAAGGACGCUAGUUUCGCAACCGGUAAAAUUUAGGAGCGCAUCACAUAUCAGCCUAUCGCCGCAGUCACAGGAAUUGGCCAGUGGAUCUGCCGAUACUUGGUCUUUGGAACCCCGGAAGAUGAGCGAGUCCCAGGUUCGUCAGCAGCACCUCCAAUAUCAACUUCAGGAACUGCAGCAGCAGAUGUCCUUUCAAAGGCAGUCGUGGAGACAGCAGAGACUAAAAGCACAGUCUCAAAUAUCACCAGUGUCAGCGACUAUCGCAUAUGAAGUGCCCGAGUCGACGGAGAAGCUAUAUUUCGAAAAGUUUAGUAAGGAGACUCCGGGCGAUUCAUAUAUGAUCUCUCCAGGACAAACGCUGUCCAUGACCUCUUCUGCCCCAACAGCGCCGGAAUCAUCUACUAUCCCCGUGAUACCGGUGAUGCCUAUGAUGCCCAUAGCACAAUCAGAGCCGAUGUCAUGGAUGGAUUCGACACCACCAACAUUAACAGCUUCACCUCAACAGUCAACUCCGUUCGAUUUCCCGGAAGAAACAUCCAAAGAACUAUCUACUUGUGGAGUAGACGAUACACAUCCUAACAUCUCCGAAGAGGAACUAGACAGACUGCUAAAGGAUGCAUUUGGACUCGAUAUGGGUCCAAAGGAACCUUCGACAAACGAGUCGUUUUCUGUUACAGACUUAGAAGAUCAGAAUUUUGACUUACUGGCUUUUAUUGAUAGUGCAAAGCCAAGUAAAUGA